AUGGCUUUUGGCCUCAGCCUUCGGGUUAAAAUUAGUUACGUGGCUCUCGACUUGAAUGGGGAAUCCCUGCGAAUACCCUAUCUCAAGCCCUCCGACUACCUGAAGAAGCUCCUUCACUGUUACCCGGAGGUUGUGUGGGGUGAUGGUGUGAACGACACUUCCCAAAGAUGCACUUCGUUUUGGAAAGCAUACUAUUGGUCCCAUCCUACACACACGGCCUUUUCAACCUUCAGUUACAAUGGUUUGGGUCAUUUACUGCCCAUACAGCUGCACGGUGAUGAGGGGACAGGAUCCAAGAAACAACCCGUCAGCAUCAUGAAUUGGCAAACUGUUUGGGGCCAUAGCACAAAGAAGACUGAACACCUUCAAGCUGCAACCUUUGGGGCCUGCCACUCAUGCUCGGAACCAUCCAGGAUCAGUCGGUGCUGCUCGGUGCCUCCGACUUGCCCCAAGGGAACUUGUGCAAACAUGCAACUGACAAAUGAGGAUUAUCUGGAGCUUCAGGGGCAGUUGCCUGCAUCAGCAGGGCAUUCUUUCUUGCAGCGGCAUUUGGUGUUUGUCCUCCCUACCAACCUGGUUAAAAAGGGGCCAGAGGUAUUGGAGGCGGUGCUAUCUGCUUGCGCUGAUGAUUUAGCCCGACUCUUCAACUUCGGAAUCUAUGUUGGCGGCAAACAAAUGUUUGCCGCUAUAGUUGGCUGCAAAGGAGAUGCAAAAUGGCACGCUGCUACUGGGCAUUUCACAAGGUGCUACAGUCGCCUCGGCGACACUAGGUCGUACCCCAUAUGUCCAGAGUGUUUGGCUGGGGAUCCAGCUUUUCCAUUUGAGGCGACCAACAGCGAGCCUGGUUGGAUGAUGACUCUUUAUGAAAGUGUGCCGUGGAAUGUUCCCGGCCAGCUUGAAAAGAUCCCAUUCGACCAAGAGUACCCUGCUCGGAAGUACAAACGCGAUCUUCUACACGUGUUCAAAAUCGGGCUUGCUCGAGACAUUGCCGGCUCAGGCAUUGUCUUCCUAUGCCGGCGGUUGCGGUGGUUUGAUGACUUCGGCGAUUCGGUGGAGCUGGGGGCCCGCCUCAAACGGGCGCACAGCCGAUUCUCGCUUUGGGCAGCUGCUAACCAUGAGACUCCACACCUGAGGCAGUUUACGAAAGACAGCUUGCACCUGCCUCGGGUGGACUCCUUCAGUUACACGAACUGUAAGGGCUCUGACUCCAUGCUGCUUUUGGCGUGGUUGCGUCUGGAACUUCGACUGUUGGAGAGGCAGGGGCAUGAAGAUCAUCAAAGAGAUAUGGUUCUUGUCCAGGCUUUGGCCCAG